AUGAGAGAAAUCCUUCACAUUCAAGGUGGGCAAUGUGGGAACCAGAUAGGUUCAAAGUUCUGGGAAGUCGUCUGCAACGAGCACGGGAUUGAUCCCACUGGUCGUUACACUGGAAACUCUGAUCUGCAGUUGGAGCGGGUUAAUGUCUACUAUAACGAGGCAUCCUGCGGAAGAUACGUUCCCCGUGCCAUUCUCAUGGAUCUCGAGCCCGGUACUAUGGACAGUGUCAGAACUGGACCUUAUGGUCAAAUCUUCAGACCCGAUAACUUUGUUUUCGGGCAAUCUGGUGCUGGAAACAACUGGGCUAAAGGUCACUAUACCGAAGGAGCCGAGCUUAUUGAUGCCGUGCUUGAUGUUGUGCGCAAGGAGGCCGAAAACUGCGACUGUCUUCAGGGUUUCCAAGUAUGCCACUCGCUUGGUGGAGGCACCGGGUCUGGAAUGGGAACUCUUCUGAUAUCUAAGAUCAGGGAAGAGUAUCCUGAUCGGAUGAUGCUUACUUUCUCUGUCUUUCCAUCACCAAAGGUCUCAGACACAGUGGUCGAGCCAUACAAUGCGACACUUUCCGUUCAUCAGCUGGUUGAAAAUGCUGAUGAGUGUAUGGUUCUGGACAACGAAGCCCUUUACGAUAUCUGUUUUAGAACACUUAAGCUUACCACUCCUAGCUGUAAGUCCCUUCCAUGUCCUUUCUCCUUUCUGCAGUUAAUUCGUGAAAACUAA